AUAGAGAUAAUAUGCUCCCUGGGGUGUGCGCGGCCUCAGCCAGUCCCAUCUCGGUCCCCUGAGAAGCCACAAGCGCAAGGGGAAGCGAUUCUACAAUUCGUGUCUGAAGUUGCACCGAGGGGACAAGUUUCAACACAGCAAAUAUUUCUCCCUAUUGUUCGAUAUUAAAAUUCGGGAGGUAGGGCAUGCAGCAAAUUAACUCUUGCAACGCCUCACACAGCCAAGAAACGUGAGAUUUCAUUGUACUGCUUGGUGCCAGCUGCUGGGGCAUGGGAAUAGAACAUGUGGGCUGAACAGCCACUGGCCAGUAAUGGGACAGAACAGCGCUUUAGACAGCCAAGGAGUUAAAGCGGCGAGAGAUCGGCUCCCAAGCCCUGCCCUCCUGCUUUCCAUUCCCUGACAUCAUAGAGAGAGAGAGAGGGGGAGGGAGGGACGGGAGUCUCUGCCAGAAACACAGAGGGACAGGCGGCAGGAGCGAGGGCUGUGACACAGUAGAGUGAGGCAGGGAAAGAGUGGAAAGUGGCCAAGCCACACACACACAUCGGAUCUACAGAGAGAGACAAACUGCAUCGCUCUGUGCAAGGGAGGGAGUGGGACUGUUCCGCAAAGAGAGCGCUGAGCAGCAGCAGCAGGACAUUCCUCUAACUCCACUUUGUCACCUAGGCUCAGUCACCGGCAGAGAAAGCAGCACCAAGUUCUCCCCAAAUUCCUCUGCUUUUGGCUGAGAUUGCACGGGCCAGACUGCCUUCUAUCUGGGGAGAUCUGACUCCUGAGGAGAUUGGAGCUCUGGGGGCUUAUAUCCUAUCAUUAAGUACAAACGUGUUGCUCUGCCCAUCUUGGAGGGAGUCUGCCGGUCUACCCCGCUCUGACUUGUCCCCCCAGAAAGGACGAGGGGUGGGGAGUCACUGCGGAGUUGCUCUCGGAUCCCCUGUGCCAGAUCUGUGGAUUUGCUGCUUAUCCCGUGGAUUAUGGCUCCCAGGCGGAAUGGGGACUGCUGCAGCCGCUGCCUGUGGUGGCCCCUGACUAUCAGCGUGUUGGCAUCAGUCUUCCAAGGAGUACACUCGCAGAUGGUACUGGUAAAUGAGACAGUUUCUGGAUACAUUGGUGACGAUGUCAUGCUUCAUUGCAAUUUUGUAAAUGCUAUAUCCAGUGUAAAAAUCACUCAGGUUACAUGGCAGAAGUCCACAAAUGGCUCAAAACAAAAUGUGGCCAUCUAUAAUCCCUCAAUGGGAAUGGCUAUCCUUCCCCCUUACAAGGAACGUGUAUCCUUCCUAAGCCCCUCUUUUCGGGAUGGUACAAUCAAGCUGACCCGAUUACAACUGGAAGAUGAAGGAGCAUACAUCUGUGAAUUUGCUACUUUCCCCACAGGAAACCGAGAGAGUCAACUUAAUCUUACUGUUCUGGCUAAACCAGUCAAUCAUAUGGAAGGAACAUCAAAGCAGCUGAUUGCAGUUCCAGGCUCUACUAAGAAAGUUGUCGUUGCCACAUGCAUAUCAGCCAAUGGGAAGCCUCCCAGCAGUGUGAAUUGGGAAACCAAGCUGAAGGGUGAAGCCGAGUUUCAAGAGAUAAAGCAUGAUAAUGGGACUGUGACAGUAAUCAGCCGCUACUUGCUGGUACCAAACCGAGAGGCCCACCGGCAGCCACUAACUUGUGUUAUUAACUAUCAAACUGAACGAUACACACAGACUGUUCUUCUCAGUGUUCUGUAUGAACCACAUGUUGCUAUUGAAGGUUUUGAUGGGAAUUGGUAUGUAAGGAGACCAGAAGUCAAACUGACCUGCACAGCAGAUGCCAAUCCUCCUCCUUCUUUAUAUGAGUGGAGAAUGGCCAAUGGAUCACUACCAGAUAAUGCCAUAGUAAAUAACAACACACUGCAUUUUCGAGGGGAGGUCACCUACGGCUUCUCGGGAACGUAUAUUUGUGAAGCCAAAAAUGCUAUUGGCAGUCGUACGGGUCAAGUUGAAGUUAAUGUGACAGAAUUCCCUUUCACCCCAACUACUCCUGGGAGAAUGGACCGGAGAGAGUCCUCCACAUUUCCAACAGCAAUCGUGGGCGGCGCAGUGGGAGGAGUCGUUCUCGUUCUUGCAGUGUCAGUACUGAUAUUUGUGGUGCUACGAAAAAGACAUCACACCUUUAAAGGAGAUUAUAACACCAAGAAGCACGUAUACGGAAAUGGUUACAGCAAGGCAGGAGUAGCACAACACCCACCAAUGGCACAGAGCCUACAGUAUCCUGAGGACUCUGAUGAUGAAAAGAAGCCUGGUCCUGUGGGAAGCAGCAGUUAUGAAGAGGAGGAUGAUGAGGAGGGUCUGGAUAGACAUAAGCUGGGUCCAAAAUAUGAUGAUGAGUCUAAGCGUCCAUACUUCACUGUGGAGGAGGGUGAACGUCGCUGUUAUAAUGAAGACAGAACUCUAGGAUUCCAGUAUGAACCAGACGAUAUGCCUGACAGUCUGGUGCCCCAAAAUGAUGGCUCUUUCAUCUCCAAGAAAGAGUGGUAUGUGUGAAAAGAGUGAACCAACUAUACGGACAUAUAUGGCUUGAUUCAUGCACAUGCCCCACCCCUUGAACUGGGGCCAAAACAAGAGACUGGUGGGAGCAACAAUGUGACCAGAGCUUUUUCGUUUCUUGAUAUAAAUAUAUAUAUAAAUAUAAUCUAUCUUUUUAUAUGAGUCACAACUACAGGGUCAGUAUGACCUAGGAAGAAUACAUAUUUACACCCACCAGUGACACAACUUGGCCCAAUACAGUUAUGCCCAGUCUUACACACAUUUGACAUAUUCCUUCACUAAACAUGCAGACGCAAAACAUCACAACCAAUUACAAAAGAAAAACUGCAUGUUUUUUUUUUUUAAUUUACAUAACAGCAUGACACAGUUUGAAUUAGCGGGACCCAACGCAGCAAAAGAAAAUGGAAACUUUUCCAACUAAACUGUCAUGCACAGCAUGCAAUUUGGGGACUGCAAAAGACACUAUAACUUGUUGACAAACACCAUGUGGAUUAAGAACAUACACAUACAUGCACAUGGUCAUUUUAGGAUAUUUAAAUUAAAAAAAAGAAAUGUUACUUUAACUACAUAAUAUCUAACACAAAUGUCUUCUGUAUUCUAAUUGGCUGACAUUCCUAUGCACACACAUUCAUACACAUACCCACUAAAUCUCGCCUGGCUUUCAUUACACACACUGCCUCUCAAAACUCCUUUACCCAGACACUGGAACUAUUAUUCUGAAUAUUGUUGGGUAUGUUGUUUUUUUUCCAUGUAUUUUGGGAAUGUAUUGAUUUCCAGGGAUACAUGAUGAUGCUCUGCACCCUGCCAUCCUAACCCUACCUGGUGUGGGGUUUGGGAAUGAAAAUGGGAAAAUGGCUGCUUAAUGGUCUGUGGGAUUUUUUUGUAUAUUGUGCAUUUCUUGUUCUGUUUGGGUCAUAGUGGAUUUUUUUCUAAGCAAUGGUUGUAUAUUGAAAUUCAAACAAUACCAUGUGCCAUACCUCCCUCAAAAUUACACUGCACUAACAAUUGCCAACAUGAUAAGGAUCACCCUGUGCUCAGCUUUCCAGGACUCACAGAACUGCUGCUGGGUGACUCUUUAAUAGUGAUAUCUGUUAAAAUACAAAUAAUGGACAUGACAGGCAGAGAUUAAUGGUUUCACGUGACAGCACUACUAGAGCUGGAAAGAGUAUAUGAUAUGGGACUAUACUGCAGGUCUGCAGAUACCAGGAGUCUUGAGAACCUGGACAUGCGCUUGAUUCCCAGAGUGGUGCACCCUUUCAAGAAUUUGUCUUGUCGUCUGGAGUCAAGUUUGUUAAAACAUGUCUAUAUUAUUCUCCUAAGAGCCUCCUUGUCCAUCUGCUGCUUCACAGACAUGUACUCUCUACAAAAAGGGAGCCAAGAGCCUUAACUUGAGCUAUUUUUUUUUUUUUUUUAAUGAGAAAGAAUUUGGAAACAAAACAUGGCUGUUACCAGGUGGUCCUUUUGAAGUCCAACAUCCUCUCUGUCUGUGCCAUGCUGCUCUGUUAUAUGUAAAUGGCCUAUAAAGUGUUAGAAUUCCUCUGCACCUUUUAUAUCUCUUCGUACAUGCAGGGCUUUCACUGAACAUACCAGCCAUAUCACAGCACUGAACAACAGACUAUUCCACAGCUUGUUGGUAAGGUUUCAUGCUAAAUGUUUUAGAAUGGGAGACUUAUAAUUUUUAAGGGGUUAACAGACAACACAUUUAAUUGCACUUAAAUCUGGAAUUCUUUGUAGAGAGUUCUACUAAAUGGGUCCCUUGCCUAUACUGAAAAUAAUAUAUUUAUUUUGGCGUACAGAACACUACUCACUUCUCUACACAAGCAAUUUUUUUCAAGUCAAAUGGAAAAUAAACCCUGAUUAUAAAUAGGGGUUGUUAAGGAUUUUAACCUCAAGAAGAUAGUAUUGUAUGAGGGGCCGGCUUAUCGUGUGCACAGAUUAUCCCUUCACUGCCAAAUUGCUUGUCUGUCCACUGAUAAAAAUUGUACCUUUUGGGAUCCCAAAUAGAGGGGACAGCUCUAAUUUUAUAUAUGCCAAAUGGUGCGGAAAAAUACCAAAAUGUACAGCAAUGGGAUGGUCUGUUCACCCCGUAAUGGAACAUAAAGGCUACUCUACUUUAAACUAUGUGUGUUUUUUUUAUGCCAUGCCCCUUCCUGUGGUACAGUGCUCUAGCGUUAAGCUGGCCAUAUACAGUCCAAAAUGACUGGCCAGUCCCACCAGACUGAGCUUGUAGAUUAUUGACUUAUGUACAAAGGCAAACCAAUUAGUCUUUUGACUAAUAUCUGGCUGAAAAUUUGCCAGAUAUCCCAUCAAUUGAGGACUGCAUUGGCUCCUUGAUGCAGCCCUUAUUAUGAUCUGGCUUAGCCUGGGAGCAAAAUAAUCAGAUCAGCCCAAUUUUAGCCAUUUGCUGGGCUAAAUUUGGGCUGAUCUGAUGUCCAAAAUUGGGCUGAAUUGAUGUCCAAAAUUGGGCUGAUCUGAUGUCCAAAUAUACAGCAAAGAUCAUACUAUACUGCUAAAAACAAAGCAUUGUGCCUGCCAGUUGUAACCAGUAAUUAUUUUGGAGACAAUUAGGAAAUCAACUGGGAAAUACACUGGGAAGAACUGUAUGUGUCAAAUUCAAAACAUGUUCUUCAACAACUCCUUUAUAAAGUGCUUACCCUCUACUUUUUGCUUUGAAUAGGCAGUAAAAAAUAAGGGCAUAGUAUAUAUAUUAUUUACAGAACAUCCCUUUUCUUUAUACUUACAAUUAUACUUAUGAGCCAGAGCUGUUAUAUUAUUGGCUUCUGUUUAGGAAUUCUCAGUGGCCUAUAAAGGGACAGCAAAGUAGUUGUUAUAGAUGUAUUUUGCUGUUUGUUGCUAACUAUGUAGAAUUUUUUUAUUGGCGUUUUAGAAGAAGAUAACAUUGUGUAAUGUGUCUGAGAGAAGGGAUGUUCUGCAUGCACCACAGGAUAAGGUCCGUCUUAAAAAUUUAAAUUCAUCUCAUGUGACCAUUUUAAUUUACCUGUAGUACUUUUUUGUGUUUGUGUGUUUUUAACUAUAUUUUGAAGAUGCUGCAACUUUAGUAUAGCACUUCAUAUAAUACGUCACAUGUUAUGCUGCAAGGAGAAAAUCAUCAUUAGUUCAGCUCGAGUUGUAUAGUUUUCUACAUCGGUUUUCACACACAUUUUCUAAACACCAUUUUUUAUUCCCAUUGACUUUAGUCGACUUUGCAGAGCUAUUGACGUUUCAGAUUUUUGUGUGAAUUCUAGUUAAGACUCUGGAGUACGCACUUUAUAAAUGGGCACAGCAGAAUUUUUACAUGCUAAUAUUUAUAUGUUGUGGCUAUAAGAAUGUGCUGCAUUUUUUGAGAUGUUAUAGUUACAUUAAAAAGGAUAGUCUUCUUUUUGUAAGAUCUUAACUACAAGUCUCUUUUGCAACAAGAAAAUCGCUCAAUUUUUCCUAUAAACUAUGCGCUUACCCAGUUGGGUUCAGCACUUUUCUGCUUCUAUAGAGCCCAGAAGAGAUAGGGCAAUGUGAGAUCUGCUUCUUCCUCACUUAUUUACAUAGCAUGAAUCAUAUGCAACUAAGCAAGUAAGAGACACACACAGUACUUGCUCUUCCUGGCUAGUCACUGGUGCAUGGAAGUAAUUGGAGGGCCCUUAAAUUGGAUAUCACUGAAACCCAUGAUUAGAGCAGCACAUAGUUUAUUAGAAUAUAUAAAGAAACUGAGUGAUUUCCUUAAAGCUCCUGUGUAAUUGUAAUGUGUGAAUUAAGGCAAUACAUCACAAUCAUGGAAAUAAUUUGUAAGGCUGAGCAACAAGGAGGGAACUGAGAGCAGGUGAUUUAUCAUUUACUUGCUUCUUUCCCUGGAUUCAGUCAUCUUUAUCUAAGAAGGCCUAAACUAUCACCAUAGCCUCAGGCACAAACAGUUGAGGUUUUUGUUCUCAGUAGACACCGCUGGUCUGUCUGAAUAUGCCAGCUUUGUUACAUUUAUGAAUGGGAUGCAAAGUGGAGAGACUCUGCAUAGCUAUGCCAUAUCAGGCCCAGUUUAGUCACAUGCCCACAGAAUGCCACAAGAAGGCCUGUAGAAGCUUUUCACAUAGCACUGACUAAGCCACGGCAGGCCCUUUCAUUUUAUAUGUAGACUUUACUGCUUAUUAAAUAACAUUGUUUUGUAUCAUCAAACAAGUAAUAGAACACAUAAGGGCAAAUUUCAUGGACUUUAAAGGGCAAUUGCCAGCACCUUCGGGCUAUGGCACAAGGGGCCUAUUUCAGCAGAGAAUAGUCUGAAUCUGCCAGUGCCUCCUGCCAUUCACUUUAAAGGGAAAAACUGACUGCACUGGUACUGGUGCUUUAUAGACCUACAUCUCGUAAGCUGGCCAUACACAGAUAAAAUAUUGCAAGUUUCAGACUGUGUGGGCUGUGAAUUGUCAUUUCUAUAAUUUUUUAUAAUAGAAUUAUAAUUUUUGUACCAGUCAUUUAGUUGAUCGGACAGGUUAGAAAAUUUUGGUUGGAUAAUGAUAAAAUCUAUGCAUGUAUUGUGUAUAUGACAAUAUCUUUGGGGGACCUACAAUGCAUUGGUGUCUGCCAACUCAAGUGCAGAACAUCUACCAAUCUGUUAUUUUUAGGGCUUUAUUCUACAAUUUCAGUCUGAAUGUUAGAUUUAGAUCGCUGCAUGUAAACGUACGAUCAAUAUCCAGACGUUCGUCGGAAGAAGACUAAAAUUUAAACGUGUAUGGCCAGCUUUAAUUGAGCAUGUUAAAGCUCAAAAGAGCCAGCAAUUGUGCUGUCUUGUAUUUCCUUUACAAAUAGAAAGCGGCAGUGGUGGUUUUUAGGGACUAAUAAAUGGAUAAAUAUAACACCAGGCUGCUCUCAAAAGUUAACCAACAUUUUUUUAAAGCAAGCCACCAGUUAUCCAGACAUAGGGAGAUAUAAAAUCACUCAAAAAUCUGUUCUCUUAGUGGUUUUUAUGUACCUCUUUGGCAGAGCUGGAGAAUACGCCCUGCAUGCCACCAGGCCUAAGAGAAAAAAGAAAUUGGAUCUGAAUUACGAUGAAAGAAAAAAUAGCUCCCCCCAUCAUAAAUUAUGGACUCAUUCAGUUUGCAUGCACAUAAUGUAUCUUUGGACACACUGGCACAGUAGGCAUGUGGUAAUUAUGUGGUACACAUAUUCCUAUUUGUUGACUCAAUCUACACAUAUCAUCCAGACUUCAUAGACAGACAUAAAGCAUUUUAAAAGGGCUAAUAUUUAGCAGCUAAAAUGCUUAAGUGAAACCACGCUGGAGUUUAGACAAUGUAGUUUUACAGCACUUGGCUCAAAACUGACAGCUGCUCUGCCAGCGCCUGAAUGUGAGUUGUAGUUUGUGAUACUACAAUAACCAAACAAAAGAUUGCACAUCUAAUUGUCAGGUACUAAAUAAUAUAUGAUUUGUUUGGGGUAAAGUGCCCUAAUAAAUACAUUUUUUUUAUUGUAUAGGCCGUUAAUAGGGAGAAUAUAGACCCAUCAACUUCAUUAAUGUAGGCAAAUGUAUUACACAGACAUUUUUGUUUACAGCUGCAGACAUAUAAAAGUGUGUUAUACUGCUGUAUCAAGCCAUUUCUGUAUUCAUUUUAUCUGCAUUCACAAUGACAAGCGAGGACCUUUGAGGCCAAUUCUCCUUAGAAAGUAUCAUCCCUGUCCUGUUAUUAGGAUGGAGGAAGUCAUGAAAUCUCCUGGUGAAUUAUGUGCUGUAAUUUUGUAAUGUUACCCUCCAAGCAAAAGCUGUGUUUAGAUUUGUAACUGCAAUCUCUGUAAUGGUGGCUAUGCUGAGGGUACACAAACGGGACAUGGGGAGGGAUGUCAUUUGGGUAUUUUACAAAUUUAAUUGCUACAACUGUGGAUAAAUGUGAUGUACAUUUUAUAAAAUAAAGUAUUCUAAAAUAUU